GGGAGGAGGAGGGACCGGGAGCUCGGCUCGGGCGACUGCCCCAUCUGCUUUGGCGAGCUGGAUACCCGCCGCAGAGGCUAUGGCUAGGAGAUCGUCUGGUGCCAGGCUGCGUGCGGGCAGAACAUGCACGAGGAGUGCUUCGAGAUGUGGUCGGUGACGAAGCGCAAGCAGGAGGGCGGCGGUUGUGCUGCCGGGUCCGAGGUGACGUGCCCGCUCUGCACGAGCGUCUGGCAGGGCGACGAGUGUUUGGUCAGCAAGAUCAAGAGGAAGGGGAAGGUUGGCGCUGGGGGAGACGUCAAUAUCGCCGACCAGCUUGAUGGUAGCUCCGAGAGAGAUAGUAGCCCCGAGAGAGAUACGACCUCGUAUUCCCGGUUGUUGUAUAUGUAUAAGGUUGGUCGGCGACGCCGGCGACGCCGGCGAAGUGGCUAUUAGGAUUGCGGCUCCGAUGAAGAAUGGUGAGCUCAGCCGAGCAAUGGUUUCUGCUCACUGUGCGUCUCGAAAUUUGGCUCAAGAGACCGGGUGGUCGCAAGGGAAAGUGUGGGAACUCUGGCUUGCUGCUUGAUUUUUGGGGAGUUCCUGCAGUGUGUGAUGGAUGGCGUUGCUGUCUUUGGUCCCGGCACUUGGAUUCUGCUCCUUCACUGCAAAGAUACCUACUAAUUAGGUACUAAUUUGAUUACCCUG